UUUCUGCAUGCCCUAGCAGAGAGAGAGAGACGUGAAUCAUGGACUGAACCCUAUGCCACCCACCAAUCCGCCCCACCGCCUCCGUCCGCCCGAAACGACCACCGGCGACCAGCAUCGCCCAAUCCUUCUUCCCUUUUCUUCUCCAUUUUCCCAUUUCUUCCCUCCUUUGCCCGAAGUCAUCUUGUCUCUGCGCGAACAGCCCCUGCUUCGCAUCUUCCAGUCCGGCGAGCAACCAACGGCGGCGAACUUUUGUACCGCUGCGACCACCACUCCUCCGCCUCACCCCACUUUCUUCGUCAUUCCCUCUCAUCAACGCAGAAAUGGCUACCACGACGCAUAUCACAUUAGUAAUACACCAUAGAGGUAGAGUUGAAAGGGGGUCGGAUGGCAAGUUGUGUUAUGCAGAAGGUGAAAUUACUGAGGUGGAGAGCGUUAACAUGGAUAUUCUGAAUGGCUUCUUCAUUAGUGACCUACUGAAAGACAUUGGGUAUCCAAUCAUAUCCGAUUUUACUGGCGACAGCCUGGAAUGAAAAUUGAGGGUGGUUUGAGGCUUCUGCGACUUGACAUGGAUGUUGUUAAGAUGUAUGAAGCUGCAGUGGAGAAUGGACAUAAGAUUGAGUUAUACACAGAGCACCCCAUUAGCCAAGCAGAUGUUAUAGAUACGAAUGAAGAAACUGGUGUAGAAGCACCUGGUGAGGUUAAUGUUACUCCAUCAAGGAGGAGGAGGAAAGUUUGUGUUAGGAGGACUCCAACUCUAAAGAAGGCAAAAGGUCCUAGAAGAAUUCUUCAAUUAGAAGGGGUACAAACUGAAGCGCAAAUUACAGAGGAGACCCAUGGUUAUAACGGUAACAACAUGCUUGGACACAUCAGACUACUGAUUCAAAGUCAGGUAAGCACUUAACGUGCCAUGUUGGCCUUUAAAUUAACGGAGCUAACGUUUUAUUGACGUU